AGGCUCUGUUUGCAAUCUCGGUUGAUAAGUGCUGGCUUUUUUUAAGAAAAAAACACUUAUUUUACCAAACACUACCAACUUUUACUCUCUCGGUUUUCGUGUAGAAUCUACUUUUCACUUUUUCUAUUACACAAAAAGCACUUGUUUUACCAAACACUACCAACUUUUACUACUAAUCACUUUUUCCCAAAAAGUGCUUUUAUUUAAGCACAAGUGGUUGCAAACAAAGCCAUAUUCAAGCUGCUCCUUGGAUGAUUGCUACGAGAAGCAUGGAUAGAUUCAGUGAACUUCCCUCGGAAAUACUUGACCAGAUUAAGAUAGAUUCAGUGAACUUCCCUCGGAAAUAAUUGGGAUUAUUGGCCAUUCAAGAAGCUGCCAGAAUGGCCAUUUUAUCUACCUUCUGGAGAGAGAUGUGGUUCAAUCUCAGGGAUCUCAAUUUUGAUUAUAUGUUCUUCUGUUACAUUGAGAAGAAAUACUCAUCAUCUGCUCACACUGAGGUCAGGACCAAAACAACAAAAAAUGAAACAGUAAAUAGUGAUAUCUUGACCUCUGCUGGCAUGUAUGUAGUCAACAAAGUUCUCAUAGAGCACAAAGGCCAUAUUCGCAAAUUUGGAUUUUCUCUUUUUCAUUAUGGGAGGAGUUCACUGACAUCACAGUCAUUUGACAUUGAUCAAUGGCUCCUUUUGAUCACACGUAAAGGGAAUGAAGGACUCGACAUUCGUUUUCACUUUUCAUCGACACAGAAAAGAUGAAUACUCGCUGCCGAAAUGCAUAUUUUCUUGUCCAACACUCAAGAGAUUGUGGCUCCAAGGAGUCUCUGUUGGACCAUUAAAUAUGCCUUGCAUAUUACCAAAUGCCACUUCACUUUCUUUCGUAAAUGUUAAAUUUGAGCCUAAUAAUGCUCUAGAUUACAGGGUUAAUGCUCCUAUGCUCGAGAGUUUGUUGCUUAUCAGAUGUGAUAACAUGUUUAGUUUUAUCACUACUGCACCGAAACUCUGUAAGUUAGAGAUUCAGUCUUCUUAGUUUGACUAGUGCAGUGGUUUUUUCCCAGUUCACUUGGACUUAAGAUUAAGAUCUGUUAGUACUCUUAAUUUAAAUGCCCUUUCUCUCAAGGUAAUGUUAGUCUAUUUUAUUACAACUACUCUGGACUACAUAUUUAUUUAUAAUGCCCUGCAGAAACUAGUCUAACAUUGUUCACUAGAUUCUAAGAAUUUCUUUGCAGACUACCCGUGCAGUGGACCACAACUACAACCACAUGUACUAAAUGUGGAGUACCUCUAUUUAUCAAAUUCAUAUAAUGAUGAAGAUGAUGUUUCUUCUGCUUUCAUUCAUUUGUUGAAAUUAUGUCCAAAGUUGCGCAAAAUUCAUAUGGAAAUGGAGGUAGUAUUUUUUCCUUAAGACAAAUAAUAGCUUUGUAAUAUUUUAGUUUUUUCCACUAUUUAUUGUCAUGCAUCUGUUAAUCUACAUCGUUGUGAACUUUGGCUCAUUGAGGAUUUCUUCUUUUACUUUCUUCGGACUUCCUGAAGUUUGUCAAAGCUCUGAGAGAUUGUUUAGACACAAAGUCGGAGAGUUCAAAGGAACUUUAUCGAGUGGCUGAAACACACAACUUGCUUCACACUUUGAGUAUUGACUUCUUUGAUGCAUGUGAGAAUAGUCUGCCUUUGGUUAAGCGGCUAGUUUCCUCCUUUCCAGCACUUGUAAAGUUUGUUAUAAGCAAUCUCGACUCUCAAUUUAAUCAAAUGAUUUUGAAAUUUUCCACAAACGUUGAAAUGAAGAUUGUGUGAUUGGCAAUGCAGGCAUUGCGUUUGGCGUUAACUGCAAUAAUUUCAUUCAAUCAAUGAUUUGUGAUAGUGUAGCCAAUUAUGGGUAGGCAAUAGUUUGUCUACAAACUCUAUCAAGUUAGCAGUGAAGUACAAGUGAUUUUGGCUUGUUUGCAAUCACUUAAAAAAGUGAUUUUGGCUUUUUUUUUUAAGAAAAAAACACUUAUUUUACCAAACACUACCAACUUUUACUUUCUCGGUUUUUGUGUAGAAUCUACUUUUUACUUUUUUUAUUACACAAAAAGCACUUAUUUUACCAAACACUACCAACUUUUACUACUAAUCACUUUUUCCCAAAAAGUGCUUUUAUUUAAGCACAAGUGGUUGCAAACAAACCGUUAAUGCUACUUUGGCUAAUAUGUACGUAGUACUUCGUAUAAUAUUACUGGAGGAAUGUUUAUCAUAAUAUCAUUCCCACUUAAACAUCUAGAUGGAAUGAAUGACUGUG